AUGCCUGACGCUGAUCUUCCAUCCUUGUCCAAGCUCCGACCUCCUUCCCCCCUGCCCCUCACACCCUUCUUCUCCCUUGCCUCCUUCCCCCUACCCCUCACACCCAUCUUCCCCCUACCCCUCACACCCAUCUUCCCCCUACCCCUCACACCCAUCUUCCCCUUUGCGUCCUUCCCCUUUGCCUCCUUUCCCCUUGCCUCUUUCCGCCCUACCCCUCACACCCAUCUUCCGCCUUGCCUCUUUCCCUCCUACCCGUCACACCCAUCUUCCCCCUUGCCUCUUUCCGCCCUGCCCCUCACACCCAUUUUUCCCCUUGCCUUCUUUCCCCUGCCCCUCACACCCAUCUUCCCCCUUAUCUUCCCUGCUUCCCCCCUGCCCCUUACAACCAUCGUCCCCCUUGCCUCCUCCCCCUCUGCCCCUCACACCCAUUUCCCCCCUUGCCUCCUCCCCUCCUGCCCCUCACACCCAUUUCCCCCCUUUCCUCCUUCCCCCCUGCCCCUCACACCCAUCUUCCCCCCUGCCUCUUUCCCCCCUACCCCUCACACCCAUCUUCCCCCUUGCCUCCUCCCCCCUGCCCCUCACACACAUCUUCCCCCUUGCCUCUUUCCGCCCUACCUCUCACACCCAUCUUCCCCCUUGCCUCUUUCCGCCCUACCCCUCACACCCAUCUUCCCCCCUCCCUCUUUCCGCCCUACCCCUCACACCCAUCUUCCCCCCUCCCUCUUUCCGCCCUACCCCUCACACCCAUCUUCCCCCGUGCCUCCUUCCCCCUGCCCCUCUCACCCAUCUUCCCCCGUGCUUCCUUCCCCCUACCCCUCGCACCCAUCUUGGGAAUGGCUGGGGAUCUGA